AUGAUGGAACUUCAUUCAACUAGUGCAACUUCAAAGAACAUCCAAAGAGAAGUUCAAGAAGAAGAAGAAGAUAGGCCUUCAUUCACCAACCACAUCAAGGAGGCUCUUUACAAUACUUUUUACUUGCACUUGAUCCUCAUUGCCAUCUUCGUUGUCUUCCUUACACUGUAUGGCCUCAUCUCCACCUCUCGCAAUCACCAUUUUCAACCCCUCAAGUUUUAUCCUCCAUUGCUCACUUCAACAGCCUGCUCUGCAAUUGUUGCUUUCAUAUGGCAAUGGGUCACUGACUCAAACCCUUCCAAAGCUAUCAAAGCUGCCUUUUGGCUUAGCCCCUUGCUAACCUGUGCAGUCGGUGUACUGCUUGUAUCUGUAGGUUCUGCUCAAAGUUUGGCCGCAGGCGUGGUUGCAGUCAUUUGUGCCCUCAUUCAAUCCCUGUAUGCCUGUUGGGUCAGUCCCCGUUUUGAAUAUGCCAUCCGGAUUUUAUCAGUUUCCACUGCUUUCCCUCCUGCUAAAACUACCAUGUUAGUCCUUCAGUCAAUUUUCAUCAGCAUUCUUUACUCAUGUUUCUUGGUGUCCGGCAUUGGAAGAGCCACUGCCACCAGAAGUAGUUUGAAUGUGCUGUUCCACUCAGUAAUCUUGCUGAGCAUGGCAUGGACUAUGCAAGUAAUCAAGAACAUACUUCUUGUUACUGUCUCACGCAUCAAGUACAUGCACUUUGCAUGGGGAACAGAUAUUGACACACCUAAGGCUUUCCGCGACACCCUUAAGCACUUGAUGGGGAGUAUCUGCAUUGGCUCCAUCUUGGUUCCAGUUCUCGGGGUUAUUCGGGGCUCUGCCCGAGGCAUGAAAUUGGUUGCAGGGGAUACCGACGAGUUUCUGUUUUCAUGUGCCAACUGUUAUGCAGGAAUGGCUUCAACGCUGGUAAUGUAUGGGAACCGGUGGGGUUUUGUGCACGUAGGGGGGUAUGAUAAGGGCUUCGUGCAGGCAUCAUCAGAUACUUGGGAGAUGUUCAGGAGUGCAGGAUUAAAAGAAUUAAUCGACUUGGAUCUCACAGGAUCAUUCUGCUUUCUUUCUGGGGUGGCAGCAGGUGCAAUAUGCAGCCUAGCGAGUGGAACUUGGGCUCUUGCGAUUCAUAAGAGCUAUGCUACAGAAGUUUCAAUCUAUGCAUUCUUCAUCGGCUAUUUCAUGUGUAGGAUUGCUAUGGCAUGGCCCCAAGCAUGUGUUUUGUCUUACUAUGUGGCUUAUGCAGAAAAUCCAGAGAGCGUUCGCUUUGACUCGACCAUCCCCGUUCGCCUUGAUGAGCUCCAGAGAUUUCAAGCAUAA